ACAAGCAGAUAUCAAAAACAUUCAUUUCAUAUAUUAAGCAAAGAAGAAUGAUAAGCAGAGAAGAUACAGCCAUGGCUAACAGGAAGUGCAGCUCCAACACCAUCUCUGCUUCUUCUUCUUCUUCUUCUUCUUCUUCUUCUUCUUCUUCUUCUUCUUCUUCUUCUUCUUUCGCAGCUGCGACGAAAAAAGAGAAAGCUCAUGCGCCGGCAGGCGAGAGCGGUGAGAGAGCAAAGAGGGUUGAGUGGAUGCAUGAGGACAUAGAUGCAAGCGCAGAGGAGUUCAUCAAGCGUUUUAGAGAAGAUCUUCUGCUGCAGCGCCUUCAGUCUAUUGAGAAUUAUAAGAAGAUGCUUGCCAGAGGAGUCUGAUUAUGGAUGGUUUUUUGUUUGUAUAAUAUAUGUUAUUUGUUUGUGCUACUUCUUGGCUUUGUUUUAUUUGGUUUUUUAUUGGGGGCUUGUUUAUUUGAAAUUGUUGGAUGUGUUGCCAGUUUUUGUGGUCGUAGAGUUUGUAUUGUGGAGUUAUUUUGGACUCUUGUCAGUUGAUUGAAAUGGAAAUUUAUGUAUUUGAAGGCAUAGUUUAUUGGUUGGAAAUGAAAUAAGGAAUCAUGAGAU